GUGGCCAGUAAUCAUCAAAAAUGUCAGCGAACAUAUCUCAAGGCGUGAGUCCAGAUGAUGCUUUGACAGCUGCAAAUGUUUUAUCUAGACCAGCAGAAGAAUUUGGAAAUGAUCCAACUCUUGAAUCUGCUUGGGCAUUGAAAGCUAUUGAGCACAUGGAGGUUUACUUUAAUCAGCUCCUUUGUUCAGUGGAUCCUCAGAUCUUGAGAUUAACUCCACAUGAUAAUACCAUUUAUGAAAAGUUCCGGGGAGAAUUUCCUGAUUUCAAUGUAAAACUUAUAUCUGAAGAUCAGUUAAAAAGCAGAGAAGCUAAAGAGAAGUGGAGAUCUUUUUGUAACCAAUUUGAUGGAAAGGUAGAAGAUUUCAAUUUCGGUACACUUGUAAGAUUAGACAGUCAGAAAGAUUACUCUGAAGAGAACACUAUCUUUGUUACUAGGAUACAGUUUUAUGCCAUAGAAAUUGCUCGAAACAAGGAAGGUCAUAAUGACUGCAUUAGGACAGUGUAUAAGCCAUCUUCCAGAAAAAGCAACAAGAGUAAUUCAUAGCUGUUGUUACACAUUACAAACUUAUUCUUUAAUUCAUUAUUAUAACUUUUUAUGAAAGAAAAAAUAAAUUGGCAAAAUUACAUGUGUAUAUUCUUUGGUCCUCAUUUAAAAUAAUAGGUCUUUCUUUUGGAAAGAUGGCAACAUUCAACUAUCUGCAACAAUGUUUUUAUGAUUUUGUAAAAGUUUGUCAUAGUGUCAAUAUUUAUUUUGGUAUGUUUAAUGGUUAGUUGAUUUCCUUUAUGCUAAAUUCUAAUCCUUUAAUAGUUAUUUUAGCUAAAGAAUAUAUGUAUAGUAACUGUAAUCAGUAUAUACUAUUAAAAUUAAAUUUAUGAAAAAGCCUGUAAACACUGUUUCAUUGAUCUGUUUAGUAUAAAAAUGAUGGAUGGAAAGUUAAUAAAGUAAGAAAAAAAUAUCUGAGAUGUUUCUUGUAAAGUAGUAUUGCUUUGCUUUUAAUAUUUACUGGACCAGCCGUAAAAUAUGUGUCACAUACAUACAUGCAAGCAGUUUUUCUUAGUAAUAUUGUAGUACAAAAUAUUUUUAUACUAUUCAACAGUAGCCAUCAUUACACAAUUUUUUAAAAAGAAAUUUAAAUAUUAUGAUUUGUAUUGUAUCAAAGACUUGGAUUAUACUUCACUGCUUUAUUAGCUUUAUGAUUGCUUUGUAGUUAUUCUUUAUGCUUGAUGAUCAUAUUGAGGUUUGUGGCUCAAUUGAUGCUGAGUGGUUUGAAAUUAUUGCAUACUAAUUUACUGACGAUAUAUUGAUUUGUGAAAACAUUGACAUUUUGAUAUCUGUCACUGUGAUUUGUUAUUUAAUUACAUGUUUUUGUCUAAAAGAUCACUUCAACUCCUGGCAACAAAGCUAUUUUCAAUUAACGUUAUUCCAAUUUUCCAAACCAUUAAAAAUUUGAGAUUCAAUUUGAUACAUGAAAUUAAUGAAACUAACACCCCUGAUUAACUAAUAUUAAUUGCAGAAUAUAUUAUUUUUUUACAAGUGAUUAGCUUUUUAUAUUAAGUUCAAUGAUCAAUAAUCCUUCAGUAAAUUUAAAACUGUUUUGAAAUAGUUAGAAAGGCAUAAAUGAUUGUCAAAGUGCUGUAUUAUUUAUUCCUAGUGCACUAAUGCAACUGUAUAAGACUAAGGUUUUGACCCUUAGCCUAGUUAAAUUAUCAUCAUUAUAUAAAAGAGUGUAGCAAUUGGUACCCAAAAUAUAUAUAUAAAUGUACUUUUAAUCAUAAUUUUACAUUAAAUAUUGUGGUGAACUUAUAUAAUUUUUUAGUUUACAAUUAAAGUUCAGUUAGACUGUAAAUACAAGAAACUUUCUCAUGAUAAUUUUUUAAAGUUUGGCAGAUUUUAACACAAAGGAUCAAUGACAUUUAUUUUAAAUUUUGAAUAAUGGAAAUGUUUUAUUUGUAAAUUUACAACUUAGAACAGACAGUAUUAUUUUUUUUGUUCCCUAAAUCAUAAACCGAUAUAUUUCUUAGAUAUUACUCACUUAAUGCUUGUCAGAAUUAAAAAUAUCAACUGUUGGAGACAAACUAAUUAAAGCUUAAGUACAUUAAACCUUUUUUUUUUACAAGACCUUCUCAUGCAGUUUUGUAGAGUCCUGUUAACAAACAUACUACAAUUUUAGUGGUUGGAAAACCUUAGGCUUUCAUUAUGGUAUGGCCAGGGGGCUAGGGAGCUUGACUCGCAAUCAUGCUUGCCCUUUCAGCUGUGGGGGAAUUAUAAUGUGACUGUCAAUCCCACUAUU